GAUUCGGAUGAGACCAAGCAUUUUGAACGUUUGAUUGAUUGAGUUUAGUUUAGUUUGUGAUAUAGCAAAAAGAUGUCAAAAUAUACAAUAAGUGUAAUAGUUUGUUUGUUGGCCAUGCAAAUGGUAGCAGCAAUUUUCGACGAUGAUCACGAACCACAUGUUGUCGUACAUAAAGUCGGCUAUCCAGUACCAAUCGUGCACAAAGUCGCAUAUAAAGUUCCCGUUUAUAUUCCGGUAAAAUUGCCGCCAAAAAUUAUCGUCAAAAAAAUUGCGGUUAAAGUUCCGGUCGCCAUACCGGUGAAAAUCCCAGUCAAAGUCGGUGUUCCAUAUCCAGUUAAAGUGCCUGUUCCAUACAAAGUGCCUGUUUAUAUUGAAAAAUAUGAAUCAUAUGAUAAAGGCUAUGAUGGCGGCUAUGGCGGUGGUUAUGGUGGUGGAUAUGAUGGUGGUUAUGAAAAAUACUGAAAAUGACGAUACCUCGAUUGAACACUUUCUGGAUACAUCUCUGGCCAUUAAUAAAAUGUGUAAUUAAUUCCUAUAUUUAUUCUCAACAAUCAUCAUCACAAUCCAAAUAUUAAGAUUUAUUUAUUUA